UUUUAUUCUGAGAGGUUGCGGCAUUAAAAAUAAUCAUCUUACUUUGAGUCACACAUUCUUUCUUGACGACGUCUUCCCCGAGGCCACAUUCAUGGCUCUCAAUUCAAUAUGGGCACGAAUAAGAGGUAGUUCCAGCGGCCCUCCAAGCCUUACUCGGACGACGGUGCUGAACCUCAUCGGCUUUGCGACCUGGAUUCCGGUGAUUGCCUGGUUUAAUCUGCAUGUGGCGGAGCUGACGGUCAUUGACGGGUCGUCGAUGUAUCCCUUUAUGAAUGCGGACAGAGAUUCGUCGCUACGGAGGGACGUGGUGCUGAAUUACAAGUGGUCGCCGCAGGAGGAUUUGCAGAGAGGAAUGGUUGUGACGUUGAGGAGCCCCUUUCAUCCCGAGACAAUUGCCGUCAAGAGGGUGGUUGCCCUAGAAGGCGAUGUGAUCAAGACGAAGCAGCCAUAUCCCGUUGCAACGGUCAGGAUACCACAGGGACAUGUGUGGGUAGAAGGAGAUGGUCCUCCAGGCUCAAGUCUGGACAGCAACACUUAUGGACCGGUUUCAAAGAGAUUAUUGACGGGCAGAGUGACACACAUUGUCUAUCCUCCGAGGAAGUUUGGGCCGGUACGGUGGUGGGAGCAUGACAGGCCACUGGUGGAGUGAUUAAUGGAAGAAGAUGCCAUGUACUACUACUACUGCUGUAUGACUAGGAAUUUGCUGCACAUGCAUUAAGAGGCGUCUGGGAUAAUUGAACUCAUUAGAGGACACUAUCUUGUAUCAUACAGAAGCAUUAAGAAAUUCACCGAGAAAUGAAACC